AUGUCUAAAAGGCGUAUGCGGGAGCUUGUUGGGCUGUUCUUGGUAGAAUGGGGAAAUGCAGGUUCUAGCGGGCCUGCGUCGCCUUCUCAGCCGACCUCUAUGGCUGUUUCCCUAGAUAUUCUCGGCGGUCAAUUUGCUAUGCCUGGGCAGAGAGAGGUGGUGGUUCCCAGUUGUCCUGGGGGUUCUUUUCAACGUGAAAAGCCUUAUCUGAUCAAUGAAGCAGGAACUUUAUCCCACUCCUUGUCUUUUAAGGCCUAUGCUCCGGGUUGGAUCUCUACCCUUAUGGUUGCUGCCAUCGACUGCAUUCGCCUAGCCGGUGCGAGUCAAGGGCAAUUGAAAGUACUGCAGGGUGCCUUAGUAGGCAUGUGGGAGGAGGUUUGUGAUUCAGAGGCGGAGCAUCAGGUUCGAAUGGAGCAGAACGACAUUAUGGCCUGCAAGAAAGCCGCUUUAGAGGAUCAAGUGGCUACUUUGGAGGACCGGUCAGAGUGA